AUGGAGAAAUACGAGGUGCUGGAGCAGCUCCAGCCUGGGGCACUGGGCACUAUGCUGGUAGCUGAAUUGAAAACAGAAAAGGAUACAGAGAAGAAAUAUAUAAUAAAGCAGGUUGAAUGCAUUGAAGAAAAGAAAGCAAAUGAGGCCUUGAAGGAGGCAAUGGAUUUGCUAAAACUUCAUCAUUCAAACAUCUGUGCUUACAAGGAAUUGUUUGUGACUUGGGAUAAUGAGAUAUCGUCUCUGUUCCUUUGUCUGGUAAUGCAUCACUCAGGCCAAGGAGAUCUUUCAUCUGUAAUUAAGGAAAAAAGGCAGAAGUCAGAAAAAAUAACAGACAUGGUGAUUCUGAAGUUCCUGGGGCAGAUGGUUGAUGCUUUGUUUUAUAUACACAAACAAAAUAUUUUCCACAGAAAUCUCAAGCCAUCAAACAUACUUGUGACUGGUGAAGCAUCCUUCAUGCUUAGCGACUUCAGUACAGCAACACUUAUGACAGAUGAGAUGAAAUGGAAAAUAAGAGUGGAAGAAAACAGCAAGUCUUGGAUGGCUCCAGAAACAUUUGGUUUUUCUUUUACUGAGAAAUCUGACAUCUGGUCUCUAGGUUGUAUUCUACUUGACAUGACAACCUGCUUUCUUCUGAACGCAGAAGAGAUAACUUCAUUACUGUGGGAUAUUAGACAGGAUACCAGCCGUCUUGAGGGAGUUCUGACACUAACGCAAAAUGGAGAGAGUAGCUCUUUGCCUUUAUUUCCAAUUUUAUUUAUGAUGCUACAGAUUCAGCCCAGCAUGAGACCCACAGCAAAGGAUCUGACUGAUGUUCCAUUUAUUAGGGAAUGCCUGACUGUUGCUGGUGCCUCUUCAGUAAAACUGAAGAAAUCUUUGCCUCCCAAUAUAACAGAUGUCCUCCUUGAGGGAGGAAUCGAAAGUGUUCUAGAAAUCAUGCAGGCUUUCUGGGAUGUAGAAGUAGUACAGGCUAAAGCCAUUCAGCACCUUACCAGCUUUGUAAGAGAUGAAAGUGCCUUGCCCUAUCUACUAACAUUCACAGAAUUGAUCACUUUUGCCAUGAAGACCCAUGCAGAUUCUCUCAAGUUACAAGUAGAUGGCUGCAGUUUAUUGCUUGAAAUUCUUAGUCAAGCUCUAGAACAGGAUGUGGUGAUGGCCCUGGAUGAGAACGUGAUCAGCUCCCUGUUAGACACAGUGAGAAAACACUCUGAAAAUGAAGAGUUACUUUCAUUGAUCUGCACGUUGUUGAUGAUGAUUUCAGCCAGUGAAGUUGUUGCAGAGAAUCUAAGGAAAGUUGGAGUAAUUCCAGACCUUCUGUCAAUUUUAAGAAAUUUUCUUCCUAAUGAAAAGAUCUGCCUCUCUUGCUGUGGAGUUCUCUGGAGCUUGGCUGUGAGUGAGAAUAAUGUAGCGUUGCUGAAAAGUGCUGUCCCUGUUACCUCUGCGGUCCUUCAAGAGCACCUCCAGAAUGGAACCGUUACGGAGUCUGCUUGCUCGGCCCUGUGGGCAUUGUCACUCCAAGGUUGCUUAACUGAACAUGAAUAUGAGCCCACAACAGCACUUCUGCUAGAUGCGCUAAGGGUGAACCCAGAAAGACCAGUGCUGGUGAAGAAUGCCUGCCUAGCACUAGCAAGCCUUCUAAGGCUAUCUGAAGUAUCAGCUUUGAGACUUGUAACGGAUUCAAAAGGCAGUGGAAUAAACCUGAUCAAAGAUGCCUACCGGCUUCAUUUUGAUGAUCCAGAAGUGGUGGGAAGUAUCUGUAUGCUGAUUAAUGAGAUGGUCCAGUAUGAUGAUGUUGUGCUAGAUAUGCUGUCCCAGAAAAUGGAAGAACUGUUGUUUGAAAUAAAAAGCAGGUUUACAUCUAGGAUGGAGAUAAUGACCCUUGUGGAUGCAACACUUUUGAAACUGCGGAAGUAG